GCCGCGGACGCGGCCAUCGAGCGAAGGGGAUCCGCUGGCAGGGCGGGUCCCCCUUCAGGUCGCGGGGCCGGGGCUGCUCGCGAGGUCCCUGGCCCCGGGGAGCAGCGGCCCCGCCUGCGUCCCCUGCCGCUGCGUCCCGCUCGGCCGGGCGUCCCCAGGCGCCCCCGCCCCGCGCGGUGGUACGGUCCGGGUUUAAAAGGCUCCGGCGGCCCCCGGGCCAGCCCAGUGUGUGGGCGGCGGCGGCGGCUGCGCGCGUGGGGCCCAGGGCGCGGGGCGAGGCCGUGGGGGCGCGCGAGCGGGGCCGCGGUGGGGCUCGGAGGCGCGUCCACGUGGCCAGAGGGAGGCCACCCGGAGCCAGCGGAGGGACAGCCUGUCCCUAGGCUUGCGCUCCCGGGAUGUAGAGGAGGUGAAGACAGGAUGUGGCCUCUCUUUUCUUUGGCCUUCCUUUCUUCUCCGGCUGUUGCAUGAGGGGUCCAGCUGACAAAAGAGCCCUGGAGAGGUGAUCAAUCUGAGCUGAAACUUUGCAGUUUCAAGCUGGGCCUGCUCCUUGUUCCUGGCAAAUGCAUUAUUUUUCCUUUCUCUCUCCUGUGCCUCCUUGGUUUGGUUCCCUGCACCGCCCCCCCCGCCCCCGGCCUCCCGUCCUCAAGCUGGCACUGAGAGGGUAGCGCUGAGCCCUGCCCUGUUGGCUGCCACGACACUGCUCUGCUGUCUUAGCAGCCUGGGGCUGACUGGGUGUGGCCUGGGGACUAAGUGCCAGUCCCUGCACUGUCCCUGUGGCUCCUGCCCUGUCUCUCCAAGGCCUUGACUGUAUUUGGGGACAUUGCUCCUCCUUUUGUAAGGCUCCUGGGCCCCCUGUACAUUCCCUUCCCCAGUGAACCUCUGGGUCUGGAGGGGGAGCCGUGCAGGCUGUGGCUGAGCAGAGCUUGACUGAUGUGUGUCUGGGUGCGUGGCUGAGGGGCAGGCGCGACUUGGCUUUGUGAGGCCCUUGUCGGGGAGGCAGCUGGGGCCCCUGCAGGGGACGUGGUGGUGCUGGAUCCUGCAUCAGGCCUCCAUUCCCCAGACCUCUGUCCCAGGGCCCCUGGUGGCACUGCCACUCCAGGUGGUGUUCCUUGCCCUGCCCCUCUCCCCCAGCUUGCGAUUAUUCUGCCCCUGCCUCCCUCUCGCCUCAGCUCAGGCGUUGGGGGCAGCCCAGAGGCCUGGGGCUUGCUGUUCUUUGCUGUUGGUUGCCCCGGGCUCUGAGAUGUGGCAUCUGGGGUCUCAGUUCCGGAGGGCCUCCUGCCUGGCCUUUCCCAGCAUCUGCUCUGCUACCCCUUUGGGUGUGGCCCAGCUGAGGCGAGGCCUCCUGGCUCCUUUCCAGCACAGGGGCUGAGGGACGAUUGAUGGCCCCCAAGCCUGCCCUCGCUGGCUGCUCACUCAUGCGCCCUGGCAGAGGCCCCUCCUCUCUCCCUGUCGCGGUGGCCAUCUGGGGCUUUGGUGGGGUGGUGGGUGAAUGGCCCAGCCCUCUGUGGCUCGAGGCCUCUGACUCCCACACACCGUCUCUCCCUAGGCCUGUCCCCAGGCGCGGCUGCCGGCCAUGCCCUCUGUCUGCCUCCUCCUGCUGCUCUUCCUUGCCGUGGGGGGGGCCCUGGGCAACAGGCCCUUCCGUGCCUUCGUGGUGACAGACACCACGCUUACCCACCUGGCUGUGCACCGGGUGACUGGGGAGGUGUUCGUGGGCGCAGUGAACCGAGUCUUUAAGCUGGCCCCCAACCUGACUGAGCUGCGGGCCCAUGUCACGGGGCCCGUCGAGGACAACGCUCGCUGCUACCCGCCCCCUAGCAUGCGUGUGUGUGCCCACCGCCUGGCCCCCGUGGACAACAUCAACAAGCUGCUGCUCAUAGACUAUGCGGCCCGCCGCCUGGUGGCCUGCGGCAGCAUCUGGCAGGGCAUUUGCCAGUUCCUGCGCCUGGACGACCUCUUCAAGCUGGGUGAGCCGCACCACCGCAAGGAGCACUACCUGUCGGGGGCCCAGGAGCCCGACUCCAUGGCUGGUGUCAUUGUGGAGCAGGGCCAGGGGCCCAGCAAGCUGUUCGUGGGCACUGCUGUCGACGGCAAGUCGGAGUACUUCCCCACCUUGAGCUCCCGCAAGCUCAUCAGUGAUGAAGACAGCGCGGACAUGUUCAGUCUCGUGUACCAGGAUGAGUUUGUCUCCUCCCAGAUCAAGAUCCCCUCAGACACGCUGUCCUUAUACCCUGCCUUUGACAUCUACUACAUCUACGGCUUCGUCAGCGCCUCCUUCGUGUACUUCCUGACGCUGCAGCUGGACACCCAGCAGACGCUGCUGGACACAGCGGGCGAGAAAUUCUUCACAUCCAAGAUCGUGCGCAUGUGCGCGGGGGACUCAGAGUUCUACUCAUACGUGGAAUUCCCCAUUGGCUGCUCCUGGCGCGGCGUGGAGUACCGCUUGGUGCAGAGCGCCCACCUGGCCAAACCUGGCCUGCUGCUGGCCCAGGCCCUGGGCGUGCCAGCUGACGAGGACGUCCUCUUCACCAUCUUCUCUCAGGGCCAGAAGAACCGGGCCAGCCCACCCCGGCAGACCAUCCUCUGCCUCUUCACCCUCAGCAACAUCAAUGCCCACAUCCGGCGCCGCAUCCAGUCCUGCUAUCGUGGGGAGGGCACUCUGGCCCUGCCCUGGCUGCUGAACAAGGAGCUGCCCUGCAUCAACACCCCCAUGCAGAUCAACGGCAACUUCUGCGGGCUGGUGUUGAACCAGCCUCUGGGAGGCCUGCAUGUGAUUGAGGGGCUGCCCCUGCUGGCCGACAGCACCGAUGGCAUGGCCAGCGUGGCUGCCUACACCUACCGCCAGCACUCUGUGGUCUUCGUUGGCACGCGCAGCGGCAGCCUGAAGAAGGUGCGGGUCGAUGGCUCCCAGGAUGCCCACCUGUAUGAGACAGUCCCCGUGGUGGAUGGCAGCCCCAUCCUCCGAGACCUACUCUUCAGCCCGGACCACCGGCACAUCUAUCUCCUGAGUGAGAAGCAGGUGAGCCAGCUCCCGGUGGAGACCUGUGAGCAGUACCAGAGCUGCGCAGCCUGCCUGGGCUCCGGGGACCCACACUGUGGUUGGUGUGUGCUGCAGCACAGGUGCUGCCGCGAAGGGGCCUGUCUGGGCGCCUCUGCCCCACAUGGCUUUGCUGAGGAGCUGAGCAAGUGUGUCCAGGUGCGGGUCCGGCCCAACAAUGUAUCAGUGACAUCGCCUGGGGUACAGCUGACCGUCACCCUGCACAACGCGCCAGACCUCAGCGCGGGCGUGAGCUGCGCCUUCGAGGAGGCGGCGGAGAGCGAGGCGGUCCUGCUGCCCUCCGGUGAACUGCUCUGCCCCUCACCCUCCCUCCAGGAGCUCCGAGCUCUUACCAGGGGGCACGGGGCCACCCGCACCGUGCGGCUGCAGCUUCUUUCCAAGGAGACAGGUGUGAGGUUUGCCGGUGCUGACUUUGUCUUCUACAACUGCAGCGUCCUCCAGUCGUGCAUGUCCUGUGUUGGCAGCCCUUACCCCUGCCACUGGUGUAAGUACCGCCACGUGUGUACCAGCCGCCCCCACGAGUGCUCCUUCCAGGAGGGCAGGGUCCACAGCCCUGAGGGCUGCCCUGAGAUCCUGCCCAGUGGGGACCUCCUGAUCCCCGUUGGGGUCAUGCAGCCUCUUACCUUGCGGGCUAAGAACCUACCUCAGCCGCAGUCGGGCCAGAAGAACUAUGAGUGCGUGGUGCGCGUACAGGGGCGGCAGCAGCGGGUGCCUGCCGUGCGCUUCAACAGCAGCAGUGUGCAGUGCCAGAACGCCUCGUACUCCUAUGAAGGUGAUGAGCAUGGUGACACCGAGCUGGACUUCUCCGUGGUCUGGGAUGGAGACUUCCCCAUAGACAAGCCUCCCAGCUUCCGAGCCCUCCUGUACAAGUGCUGGGCGCAGCGGCCCAGCUGUGGCCUCUGCCUCAAGGCUGAUCCCCGCUUCAACUGUGGCUGGUGCAUCUCAGAGCACAGGUGCCAGCUGCGGACCCACUGCCCGGCCCCGAAGACCAACUGGAUGCACCUGAGCCAGAAGGGCACCCGGUGCAGCCACCCCCGCAUCACGCAGAUCCACCCUCUCGUGGGGCCCAAGGAAGGAGGCACCCGGGUCACCAUCGUGGGUGAGAACCUGGGCCUCUUGUCCCGAGAGGUGGGCCUGCGGGUGGCUGGCGUGCGUUGCAACUCUAUCCCGGCCGAGUACAUCAGUGCUGAGAGGAUCGUGUGUGAGAUGGAGGAGUCGCUGGUGCCCAGCCCGCUGCCGGGGCCCGUGGAGCUGUGUGUGGGUGACUGUUCAGCUGACUUCCGCACGCAGUCGGAGCAGCUCUACAGCUUUGUGACCCCAACGUUUGACCAAGUCAGUCCCAGCCGUGGCCCAGCGUCAGGGGGCACACGGCUCACCAUCUCAGGCAGCUCUCUGGAUGCUGGCAGCAGGGUCACAGUGACUGUGAGGGACAGCGAGUGCCAGUUUGUAAGGAGAGAUGCCAAGGCGAUCGUGUGCAUCUCACCUGUGUCCACCCUGGGCCCCAGCCAGGCCCCCAUCACACUCGCCAUUGACCGGGCUAACAUCUCCAGCUCCGGGGUCAUCUACACCUACACGCAGGACCCCACCGUCACCCGCCUUGAGCCCACCUGGAGCAUCAUCAAUGGAAGCACUGCCAUCACUGUGAGUGGGACCCACCUGCUGACGGUCCAGGAGCCCCGGGUCCGUGCCAAGUACCGCGGCAUCGAGACCACCAAUACAUGCCAGGUGAUCAACGACACUGCCAUGCUGUGUAAGGCCCCUGGCAUCUUUCUUGGGCGGCCCCAGCCUCGGGCACAAGGCGAGCACCCUGAUGAGUUUGGCUUCCUGCUGGACCACGUGCAAACGGCCCGCUCCCUCAACCGCUCCUCCUUUACCUACUACCCUGACCCCAGCUUUGAGCCGCUGGGGCCCUCUGGCGUGCUGGACGUCAAACCGGGCUCCCAUGUGGUGCUGAAGGGCAAGAACCUGAUUCCCGCAGCAGCCGGCAGCUCCCGCCUCAACUACACUGUGCUGAUAGGAGGCCAGCCGUGUUCGCUCACUGUGUCGGACACACAACUCCUGUGCGACUCACCCAGCCAGACUGGCCGGCAGCCUGUCAUGGUGCUGGUGGGUGGCCUGGAGUUCUGGCUGGGCACCCUGCACAUCUCGGCAGAGCGGGCGCUGACCCUACCGGCCAUGAUGGGGCUGGCGGUGGGGGGCGGGCUCCUGCUGCUGGCCAUCACGGCUGUGCUGGUGGCCUACAAGCGCAAGACUCAGGAUGCGGACCGUACCCUCAAGCGUCUGCAGCUGCAGAUGGACAACCUGGAGUCCCGCGUGGCCCUGGAGUGCAAGGAAGCUUUUGCAGAGCUGCAGACAGACAUCAAUGAGCUGACUAACCACAUGGACGAGGUGCAGAUCCCCUUCCUGGACUACCGGACUUAUGCUGUGCGCGUGCUGUUCCCGGGCAUCGAGGCCCACCCGGUGCUCAAGGAGCUGGAUACGCCACCCAACGUGGAGAAGGCCCUGCGCCUCUUUGGGCAGCUGCUGCACAGCCGCGCCUUCGUGCUUACCUUCAUCCACACGCUGGAGGCCCAGAGCAGCUUCUCCAUGCGUGACCGCGGCACCGUGGCCUCGCUCACCAUGGUGGCCCUGCAGAGCCGGCUCGACUAUGCCACGGGGCUGCUCAAGCAACUGCUGGCCGACCUCAUCGAGAAAAACCUCCAGAGCAAGAACCACCCCAAGCUGCUGCUACGCAGGACAGAGUCAGUGGCUGAGAAGAUGCUUACCAACUGGUUCACGUUCCUGCUGCAUAAGUUUCUGAAGGAGUGCGCUGGGGAGCCUCUCUUCCUGCUUUACUGUGCCAUCAAGCAGCAGAUGGAGAAGGGCCCCAUUGAUGCCAUCACGGGCGAGGCACGAUACUCCCUGAGCGAGGACAAGCUCAUCCGGCAGCAGAUCGACUACAAGACCCUGACCCUUCACUGCAUGUGUCCGGAGAACGAGGGCAGUGCCCAGGUCCCAGUGAAGGUUCUCAACUGUGACAGCAUCACCCAGGCCAAAGAUAAGCUGCUGGACACUGUGUACAAGGGCAUUCCGUACUCCCAGCGCCCCAAAGCUGAGGACAUGGACCUGGAGUGGCGCCAGGGCCGCAUGACUCGCAUCAUCCUCCAGGAUGAGGAUGUCACCACCAAGAUGGAGUGUGACUGGAAGAGGCUCAACUCACUGGCCCACUACCAGGUGACAGAUGGUUCCUUGGUGGCACUGGUGCCCAAACAAGUGUCUGCCUAUAACAUGGCCAACUCCUUCACCUUCACCCGCUCCCUCAGCCGCUACGAGAGCUUGCUCCGCACAGCCAGCAGCCCCGACAGCCUCCGCUCACGGGCACCCAUGAUCACGCCUGACCAGGAGACGGGCACCAAAUUGUGGCACCUGGUGAAAAACCACGACCAUGCCGACCAUCGUGAGGGGGACCGUGGCAGCAAGAUGGUCUCCGAGAUCUACCUGACACGGCUGCUGGCCACCAAGGGCACACUGCAGAAGUUCGUGGAUGACCUCUUUGAGACGGUGUUCAGCACAGCCCACCGGGGCUCGGCCCUGCCCCUGGCCAUCAAGUACAUGUUUGACUUCCUGGAUGAGCAGGCGGACCAGCGCCAGAUCAGCGACCCCGACGUGCGCCACACCUGGAAGAGCAACUGCCUGCCGCUGCGCUUCUGGGUGAAUGUGAUCAAGAACCCACAGUUCGUGUUCGACAUCCACAAGAACAGCAUCACGGACGCCUGCCUGUCGGUGGUAGCCCAGACCUUCAUGGACUCCUGCUCUACAUCCGAGCACCGCCUGGGGAAGGACUCCCCCUCCAACAAACUGCUCUAUGCCAAGGACAUCCCCAACUACAAGAGCUGGGUGGAGAGGUAUUAUCGAGACAUUGCAAAGAUGGCAUCCAUCAGCGACCAGGACAUGGAUGCCUACCUGGUGGAGCAGUCCCGCCUCCACGCCAGCGACUUCAAUGUCCUGAGCGCACUCAGCGAGCUCUAUUUCUAUGUCACCAAGUACCGCCAGGAGGGCCCGGGGCCGGCACAGGUGAUGCUCUCUGGGAUCACAGGUAGAUGCUGGAAUUUGAGGGACCCAGGAGAUAAGCCACUGGCUGGGUACAAAGUGGCCACUGGGCAAAAGUUAAAGGGCCUGAGCACUGGAAGGGAUGGGUCAGGCUUUGUGAUGAGAAAUGGCCGGAGGCAGGAGGACACAGAGGUGUGGACUUCAGGAUGGAGUCUGGGCUGGACACAUCUGCGAGCCUGUGGAUGGCAUUUAAAGCCCUGAGCCUGGAUGAGCUCACAGGGAAGCCUCGAGUGGGUGUGGAGGGAGAAGGGCCCCAGGACACGAAGAGUGGAGGGGAGGGGAGGGGAGGCGCAGCAGCUAGCAGGGAGGAUGCCUCACAGUUCCGUCUUCCAGUGCUGCUGCUGGUGAAGGAUGGUGACCUGCAGAACACUCACUGGGUCUGGCGAGGGUCACGGGGUCCUGGCGAGGGAGGCUUGGGCUAGGAGGUAAUGGGAGGGGGAAUCCAGCACGGCGAGUCCAGAGUCCAGGUCACUCUAGGGUGAGGCUGCACCCUAGCCGUGGAGAGGAGGAGGAGAAGGUGCUGUCGUCGAGGGGCAUUUGGGGCUGGGGAGAGCUGAUGGGUUUGUACAGGGGCUGCGGGGGAGGACGGAGGGGUGAGGCGUGUGGGAGGGAGGAGCCCAGCUGGGAAGUGGGGACUUUGCAUGGCAGGAGCUGUGCCCCCUACAGAGCCUAGCUCCAGGGGACCCCUCUCCCCCAGAUUCUCACGGCUCUGGACCGAGAUGCCUCUUGUCGGAAGCAUAAGUUGCGGCAGAAACUGGAACAGAUCAUCAGCCUCGUGUCCAGCGACAGCUAAGGUGGUGGAAUCGGUGAGGAGGGGGCUUCUCAGUCCUGUGCCGUCCUCCCAUCCAGGGGAGUGGCUGGCUCAAGCCUGGGUCCCGGGGCUGAGCCCUGGAUUGGGUAUCGUGCGGCAGGUCACCCUGGCCAUGAUGCCCCCAGCGCACCCAGGCCCCCUUCAUUAGUGCCUUGCUUUGGGCCCUGUAGGGGGAGGGGUGACAGGGCGAGCCCCCACGCCAGCAGCAGCAAUACCCCCACCCUCCUGCCCUGUGCCCAGGUUUUGGGACAGCCCCACCCUCCCUGCUAUUUAUAUCCCUCUGCCUAUUUAUUGAAUCGAACUUCGCCUCCGUCUCCAUCUGUAAAUAUGUGUCCCCCACGGGAUGUCGCCAGCCUCACUCACCUGCCUUUCCUUGAGCUGUCCUGGGCCCUGCCACCCGUCUGGGCUCCUUUCUGUAGCAUUAUCAGCCUCGGUCUGGCCUCUGGCACCUCACCCUUGCCAUGGCUGACCCCACCCAUGCCAAGGCAGGGUCACAGUACCAGCAGCACUUGGGGUGAGGCCUCCAAAGCUUCCUCAGAAUUCUGGCUAUGCCACGCUGGGCCACAGGGUCCCCCUCAAGCAUCUCGGGGCCCUAUUCUCUCUGAGUACCUGGAGGGCUGGACUCAGGCUUGUGCCAGGGCCUGACUUGGGCCUGGGGGCCCUAGAACGCUCCUCCUCCUGAGCCUACUGCCAGACGUCCUCAGUGUUGUCUGCACCUGCUCCGACUCCUUCAGCCACCCCAUUCAGCGCCCGCUCCGUCCAGCGCCCGCCCUGUGGGGCCAAGGCAGCCGUGCCUUACUACUCUGUGUCUUCUGCCUCCUCUGAGGAAUCUGGCCCUGUCUCACAGUCCCAGACCCCCCGUUCUCUCCUCUUUAGUUGCAUGAGUUUUUCUUUGUUCAUGGAAUGUUUUUUCCUGAUUAAAUGUUGGGGAAAUGCC